AUGGAUAAGUCCAACGCCCUAAUACGUAGCCUAGAAGAUGAGGAUAAGUGCCUUCCUGACGGGAUGCAUUUUCUUUGGAGGGAGGGGCAAGAGCUCGUCAAAUCUAAGAAGAAUCUUGAGUCAAAAUGUGUCAAACUUGAUAAAGAUCUUUGUGAAUCGAAUGACCUCUCCAAUAGACAUCCCCAACCCAAUGAGACGUUUGAUAGGAUGUAUUUUGUGGGAAUACGUGUGGGUGACAAUCGUGAAUUAGGCAACACGAACGAGCGCACCCACACUUCUUCCAAGGCCAUGUUUGUCAAGUGUGUCACCAACCCAUCACCCCGACAAGUUGGCACACGCUCAAAAUUUUUUAAGAAUCGUAAUGGUGGGAAUACAAAGAAGAAUGUUGCGAAUGAAACCGAAAUCCUUGGUGCGUGCCUAGCAAGGAUUGUUGGGGGUGCCCAUAAUCGGUCGAGGCCAAGAUGA